AUGUCAGGAGAAGCCAUUAUCCUUGAGGCUUCAACCGAGCAUGUCGCCUAUGCGUUCCUUGGCUGCUUCAUCAUCGUUUUCGGUCUUGUCAGCUUGUUUGUGAAAGAAAAGCUGUUCAUCUCCGAAGCCUUUGUUGCAACUGUCUUUGGUAUUAUUAUCGGACCUUAUGCCAUCGGGAUCUUUAACCCGCUAGGAUGGGAAAAAUACGACAAUGUCACCCUCGAGUUCACCAGAAUUGUCAUCGCCGUCCAGGUCAUGGCUGCAGGAGUAUCGUUGCCAAGGUCAUACGUUCUCAAGGAAAAGCUUUCCUUGUUCAUGAUGAUCGUGCCAUUGAUGUGCCUCAUGUUUGGCACCUCCGCACUCCUCAUCUGGGCUCUAAUCCCCAAUCUCAGCUUUGUCGAAUCCAUGGCCAUUGCUGCUUGUGUCACCCCCACCGAUCCCGUCUUGUCCAACUCGGUCGUCAAAGGCCGUUUCGCCGAGAAGCAUGUCCCUCCUCGUAUUCGUUACCUCUUGUCGGCAGAGUCAGGCAUCAAUGACGGCAUGGGUCUCCCCUUCCUUCUCCUUGGCCUUUAUCUUGUCAAAGAGCCCUCUGCCGGUGUUGCUAUAGGAAAAUGGUUCUACCUUGUCUGGGGCUAUCAGAUCUUUUUAAGUAUCGUCAUUGGAGGAGUCUUUGGAUUUGGCUGCCGCAAACUGGUCAAGGGCGCUAAGAACAGAAACCUGAUUGACAAGGAAUCAUUCUUGGUCUUUUCGAUUGCUAUGGCGCUCGCCGUUGCUGGAAUUGUCAGUAUCAUCGCAUCCGAUGACCUUUUGGCCUGCUUCGUUGCUGGCAACGUAUUCGCCUGGGACGACUGGUUCUCGAACGAGAUUGCCGAGGCCCAUAUUCAGGAGAUCAUCGAUAUGUUGCUCAACUUGGCCUGCUUUGUCUACAUUGGUGCGUCGAUCCCCUUCUCGAGCUUCAACGAUUCCUCCCUGGGCUUGUCCGUGUGGCGUCUGAUCGUGUUGGCUAUUGUGAUUCUCUUGCUCCGGCGACUCCCCUUCUUGGUGGCUCUGAAGCCAUUAAUUCCUGCCUUGACCACGUACCGUGACGCGGCUUUCGCAGGUUGGUUCGGCCCCAUUGGAGUCGGAGCCGUCUUUUUCUCAAAGUUGACCGCCAUGAUGACAAGCCCUGAGCACUUGGGUGACCAUGUGCACAACCUUGAAAGUUUGAUGCGUAUUCGCGAAAUCAUCUUCCCAAUCGUUAUGUUCCUGGUCUUUUCGAGUGUCAUGAUCCACGGUGUUACUGUGCCCUUGCUUCAUCUCCAGUACAAAUACACGCGCACCUGGUCCAGGAAGCGCGAGGACGCCAACCAUGCAGUCACGCGGUUGCCCCACAUCAACAUCGGAGACGAGAUUGUCUUGCGACCUCCUACUGUCAGCGGAUCGAGCAUUGGAGGCGUUCCCGAAGGCGAUGGCGAGCAAAGGACGAUCGGAUACGACCACCAGCGUUCAAUUGGAUACGAUAACCAGCGCUCUGUUGGAUUCGACAACCAGAGAUCGAUUGGAUAUGACCACCAGAGAUCGGUCAACCAGCGUUCGUAUGGAUAUGGAGGAGUGCUGCCCUAUGCCGGCUUUGGUAUUGCAGGUGUGCCUGAUCUCAGUCGGGCGAAUAACAUUAACAGCAACAACAACACUGUCAGGACGUUACAGGACGUUGUGAAGGAGAUGAAGGAGGCGUCCAAGGGAGCCGCCGUCAACAGGAACCUCCGCGCAUCCGUUUACAAUCCCAAUGCCAACAACAAUAACAGUAGCAGUAACAGUGGCGAACCAGCAGGAGAGAAGGAAAAGGAAAAGGACAGCAGCAGCCCCAGCAUCAACUUUAACCUCCCAGUCAAGGACGGACUUCGACCUCCUUCUCAAGGAACCAACACACCUCGACCGUCUUUUAACUUGACCAACAACGGGUCCACACCCUCGUCGUCUUCGGGAACACCACCUGUCACUAUCACUGGCUCUGAGGAGAGCAGCAGCAGCAGCAGUGAUGACAAGAGCUUUGCUCAGGAGUUGAGGCAGAACCACUCCUCGACACACUCGGCCAGUCCCAGCCUUUCACAGGUUGGAUCGCCAAAUGAGGCACAGUCUCCAAGGUUCAGCAACAACAGCAAUGGCGAUUCUGUGAUUCAUAUCCACGAGGAGGAGAGGGAAGAGGAUAAUGGAGUAGUCAGGAAAACAAGCCACGAAAUUGACGGGCGUGAUCGCGUCAAGUUUCUGGAUCAAGAGAUGUCCGCAGCAGGUUCGCGACGGAACUCGUUGUCGCCAUCGCAGUCAUCUGGUGGAGGAGGACGGGGUCAUCAUCUUACCGACCUCUUCAAGAAGCCUUGA